AUGGAGAAGAAUCAGGCCGCAGCAAUCCAUACUCAACCAUCACCUCAAGAAGAGUUGGAGACAGAAGAAAGAGUUAACUGGGAGGAUGCUAAUUACCUUGGAAAUUCAUCUAGGCAAGCUAAUGAUCCGUAUUCUAAAACCUAUAACUCUGGACAUCUUUCACAGCAGAUUCCAAAGUUCACUGAUAGUUUCCCAAGUGACACAGAGAAAAAUCCAAGAGAGGAAAUGAAGAAGGUGAGAUGGGAAGAGUGUAAGGCAAUUACUCUUGCAAAUGAAGAAAUCCUAGAAGAAGAUACCAGUAAGCCAACAGAGCAUAGCCAAGAAAGUUUCGAGAGAAACAUGGAGAAAAAGGAACAAGGAGCUGGAUCUAUACAAGGGAAAGAAGCAAUAAGGAAGGAAAUGCCGGAAUCUUAUUUGCCAAAGGCACCAUUUCCUCAGAGGCUCAGAGGAGGUGAUAAAGAAAUGUCAUAUUCAAGAUUCCUAGAUGUGUUCUCAUCUCUCAGUGUCAACAUUCCCUUUAUCAAAACUCUCCAACAGAUGCCUACAUACAUCAAGUGUAUGAAAGAGCUACUGACCAAGAAAGGAACUUUAAAAGGGGGACAAACAGUGACAAUGAACAAGAAAUGUAGAGCUCUCAUCAAGAAGGACGUGUUCCUGAAGAAGAAAGAUCCAGGGAGCUUUCAUAUUCCAUGUGUCAUAGGAGAAACAAAAAUUGACAGAGGAUUUUGUGAUCUAGGAGCUAGUAUAAAUGUAAUGCCUCUGUCUCUUGUGAAGAAGUUGCAAGUCAAUGAGCUGAGAUCCAUGAUGAGCGGAUAA